UCUAUCUAGUAAAAUCAAUUGCCGUUACAAUUCGAUCCAAUAUCCAUUUGACGUGUACCUGACCUAUUACAAACGGAUCACAAACUAUCGAUCGAUUAAUUGAAUUCAUGAAAACUUUUUGGCAGUUUUUGAUCAAACACGUACCAGACGAAACAAAUUUCUGAGCAGGAUUCUUUGACACUUUGAUCCGUUUAUCAAGCAAUAAUUUGAGUCUUCUGCCAAGUUCCGCUAAGACUAAGAGUAAAAUUGAAAAUUGAAAAGUAUCGAAACAUACCAGCUUACGAAGUGCAUCUGGAACUGAAGCUUCGAAAAUAUAUUGUGAUAAUUACAAGCUUUAUUUAGUAUUCUCAUCGAGUGACGAUGGCUGUAAUAUGUGGAAUUGUCACUGCGGCGAUUUUUCAACUUCUCAUUGGUCUUGCCUCGACUGGUUACGGUGCUUACAUUGUCUUUUUGUUAGCAGGAGUGGAUCUCGAGAGUAAUCAAGAACUAGCAGUUGUUGCUUAUUCAACUUUAUGGAUGUCCCUUAUCGCAUUCGGAGUGACGGAUGUUCCAAUAGAUCACGACCCAAAUUUAAUGGUCCUAACCACCAAUCCCUCCGCACCAACACUCGGCGAAAUAAACUCUGGUCAUAAGUACUGACGUCAUAACAGAUACAUUGACGUCAUAACAGCUACAGUGACGGCAUAAUCACCAUGGUGGUCAACGUAGUACAAUGUAUAACCUUGAUUCUUUAGUUCAUAGUUAAUGGAGCGGAAUGGUUUGGAAACUCCAUAGAACAAAGCUAUUGUUUUGCGUUUGAGGUUGAACCAUACCAUCACGUGAUACUGACCGUGCACAAUGAACCAAAGCAAGUAUGGCUAAAAAUACUCACUUCCUUAUUAUUUUCAAGUAUGAACAUUUUGAAAGUGAAAACUUUCAUUUGAUGACCACAAACUAUGCGGAUAAAUAUUUCCACGAAGAUACAGUUAAGUUAYUAGAUGAUAAAUAAGAAAGCAUGAAAAAAGGCAAUUUCCUUUUCAAUAAACAUUAGUAUUAAUCAUAUAAGAUUAAUUAACAAAAAAUAAGUAUUUUACAACGAUUUUUUAGGGGAACAAACGGAGCAAUGUUUCCUUCUCUGUGCACGGUCAACGUCAUAUAACAAUGGAUAAAGUCGAACAAAAACCUAGAACAAUAGGUUUCCCAAUCAUUCCGCUCCAUUAACUAUGUUUAGUUAUGGCAACCAACAUGUCGUGUUUUUUCAUAUUAUAAAAGGGAGACAUGCACUCCAGCGAA